AUGAAUGAAACGUCUGAAUAUGAGUUUUCAGAUGAAGAAGGGUUAAGAUCUAUCUUAGAAGCAACGGAAAUGAUUCUUGAACAAUUAGAAAUAGAAACAAAACAAUCUAAAGAAACAAAUAAACAAAUAGGAAAUGAAAAAGGACACGAAAAAUCAUCAAUAUUAGUUCAAACAACACUGUUUGGUGAUAUAAUUCCGGAAAAACAAAAUAAUUUAAUGAUCAAAACAAUAGAGGAGAUUCCUACACAUCACGAAAUUGAUAGAGCCUUGAUUAAGACAUGGAUUUACCCUACUAAUGUUAGUGAAAGAGAUUAUCAAUUUAAUAUUGUCCAAAAAGCACUUUAUCAGAAUGUUCUUGUUUCUCUUCCAACAGGACUAGGAAAAACGUUUAUUGCAGCAGUAUUAAUGCUUAACUACUAUAGAUGGUUUCCAAAAAGCAAAAUUAUAUUCGUUGCACCUACAAAACCUCUUGUUUCUCAACAGAUUCAAGCGUGUUACAACAUAUGUGGAAUACCAUUAAAAGAUACAAUUGAAUUAAGUGGUAAUACAAAACCAAUACUAAGAUCGGCAGCUUGGAAUGAAAAAAGGGUAUUUUUUAUGACACCUCAAGCGUUACAAAAUGAUUUAGAGUCUGGAAUCUGCGAUAAAAAAUCUAUUGUUUGUUUAGUUAUUGAUGAAGCACAUAGAGCUACUGGGAAUUAUGCUUACUGUAAUGUCGUUCGAAUGAUUCGUUCAGAGAACAAAAGUUUCAGAAUUCUAGCUUUAACAGCAACACCUGGAACAGAUAUUGAUUCAGUACAAGAAGUAGUUAAUUCUUUAUGCAUUGCUCAAAUUGAACUUCGAACAGAAGAUUCUAUUGAUAUUCGUGGUUAUAUACAUAACCGUACAGUAGAAACCAUAUUAAUACCACUUUCUCAAGAAUUAAUAAUCCUCCGUGACUUAUAUGGAGAUAUUAUAAAACCAUUUCUCCAAAAAUUAAACACAGCAAACGCAUGUCAUAUUCAAGAUCCAAGUGAUUUAACAACUUUUGCACUUAUGCAAGCUCAAAAAUCUUUCAUGAAAACACCUUCUAUGAUAAACGCACCAUCUAACAAAAAAGGAGAAUUUUAUGGGCUUUUUUCUUUCCUAUCUUCUUUAGCAUAUCCUAUGUCUUUAUUAAUUUGUCAUGGAAUAAAUCCAUUUUAUGCAAAGAUCAAAGAAUUAACUGAUAAUAAAUCAUUGGGGAAAUACAAAUCGUUUCUUAGAAAUGACGAAAGAAUUAAACAAAUUGUAUCUCUCAUUGAAGAUAUGAAAUCAAAACCCUCAUUUAUUGGACACCCAAAAUUAGAUAAAUUACGUUCUCUUAUAUUAAAUCAUUUUGCUAAUACAGAUACUAAAAAUGAGGAAACACGAGCAAUGAUAUUUGUCGAAUAUAGAUCAAGUGCUGAAGAUAUCAUAAAGUCUUUAAAAGAGCAUUAUCCAUUAAUAAGAGCACAAUUGUUUAUUGGUCAAUCCUCCAAUAAAUCGUCUUUAGGAAUGUCUCAAAAAGAACAAAUUUCUAUUGUUGAAAAAUUCAAAAGUGGGUCUUUUAAUACUUUAGUUGCUACAUCUAUAGGAGAAGAAGGCCUUGAUAUCGGUGAAGUUGAUUUAAUUAUAUGUUACGAUUCAACAUCAUCUUCAACUCGUUUAUUACAACGCAUGGGAAGAACAGGGCGUAAACGACAAGGUCAUAUAUACAUUUUACUCAGUACUGGUCGAGAAGAACGAAGUUAUUUUCGUGCUAAAGAAUCUUAUAAAAUAAUUCAAAAGGCUAUUGCAAAUGGGAAUUUGUUAGAAUUACAAGAAAAAAUGUCACCCAGAAUAAUACCUAAUCUAGAAAACCCUGAAUGUCAAAAACAAGAAAUUGUAAUACCAGAAAAGAAUAUAUCAACUAAUUUAACUCAUAAAUAUACAAAACAAUAUGAAACAAAACAUCAAAAAAGAAAAACUAUAUUUCCAACAUAUCCAAGUCAAUUCAUUACAGCGUCUACUUUAUAUAAACAUACAAAUCAAACCAAUGAACCAUUGAAUCAAACAAUAAAUAUUACAGAGUUGAAUCAUUCAACAGGGUAUUCCGAACAGGAAAAACACCUUAAUUAUAGCAUUGAAAUUGUUAAAAAUAAACCAUUAUCUAGGAAAAACAUUACAUCAUUUCCAACAUUCAUAUUGCAACAUAAACUUAGCUCAAUAAAUUACGUUUCUCAUAGUAAAUUAUGUCAACGACUAAUCCAAACUAUACAAAAAAUCGAAUACAUAAAAAAAUACAAGACUUUAUUAAAUGACAAUUUUAUAAACAAUAAAGAUAAAAUUAAUUCUCUUAACUUUAGAAAUAUCCUGUUCAAAAAUUCAAGUGACUCUAAACUUAUGAAAAAAAAUCUUAAUUUAUCUCAGUAUUCAAAACAAAACAAUCAUAAGGAAAAAUCAUUGCCUUUGAAAAGCACAGGUUUGAAAGAAAUUCAAAAAGAGCAAACAUUUACAUACAAGCCAUCUUUAUCCAAAACCAUAAUACAGCCUGGACGAUCCAAUCAACUCAAACGCCGCAAAAUUAUUAGCGAUAGUGAUGAUGACAGCCUUGAAUUACCAGAGGUUUCUAAUCUAAUAUAUUUACUAAACAAAAAACAAAGAAAAAGAAUACUACUAAGUUAA